UGCCUUAACCUAACAUAACCUAACCUAAUCUAACAGAAUCUUCGAUCGUGGACUUUCAAUUACACGUCAUUACAUGUGUGACGUUGACGUUUGUUAACAUACAUUAUUAUUGUAUUGUUUUUUGUAUUAUCUCGGAUUCUCAGUUUCUCUUAGAUGAUUGGUGAUAACGGAUAUCCCAUUCGUCAUAAAAUUCGGAACGUAUUCUUUUAAUAAAACGUCCAGAUGUCUCGUACGUUUCAGGUUAUAUUUAUACAGACUUGAAUAUUUUCUAACAGUCAAAUCUCGUUGAUAUUUUAUACAGUUAAUUCGCGUUAAUUUUUGUAACGAUUUUUGAAACGAUGUUUGUAUUUUAAUUGAAUUAUAUCAAGUUAUAUAAUUCUGACGAUGUAUUAAUUUAUUAUGGCUGUUUAAUUAAAUGUGAUUAACUGAAACAGGACAAAGUAAGAUAAUUCACAAAGUUGCAAGGUGUUUCACCAAGCAAUAAUUUUUCAUCUCACCUGUUUGGUUGCUAAGUCGUCAAGAUUGCGAACAAAAUGCGGAGAUCUCACUCUGGUGGUUAUGGCUAUGAGCCAUUACCAAGUACAUCUACCCACAAUGCUAUGGAAGAUGAGAACGAGAGGAUAACUGAAGAGCUGAGAGAUAAGAUUCAUGCUUUAAAGUCAUUGUCCAUUGACAUUGGCACCGAAGUAAAAUAUCAAGACAAAAUGCUGAGAUCUAUAGAUGAUGAUUUCGAAAGAACAGGUGGUUUCUUGUCCAAUUCAGUGUCACGUGUUUUACGUCUGGCAAAAGCAGGACACAACUAUUAUAUUCUAUAUCUAUUUCUAUUUUCCAUAGCAGUGUUCUUCGUGCUGUGGAUAGUUUUGAAGUUUAAAUAAUUGUACCUAAGAUUUAUGACUAUAUGAAAGUGUAUAUAAUACGUAACUAAGAUAAAGAUACGAAUAUAUUGUAAUAUUAUAUAGAUAUGGACAGACAGAAAAGGAGAGAGUUUAGAUCUUUUGUAUUAUUUCACUGUGAUGGUGACAAAUAAUAGGAAAAUCCAUUCACAUCAUA